GGCCCCGCGCGCCCGCCGCCAUCUUCGCGCCGCCGCCCCACGCACCGCGCGCACCGCCCCGCCCCGCGGCCCCGCCCUGAGCACCGGAGGGGGGCGGGGCCUGAGGGCGAGAAGGCGGGGCCUCGAGGGGAGACUGCGCGCUCAUUGGCUGCGGCGAGAACGAGGCGGGGACGCGGGCGUGGCCUGGAGGUGGGCGUCGCGGUGCGGGAUGCGGGCGGGGCUGCGCGGACCCCCGGGGCCGGAGCGGGACGUGCGGGGCGCCGUCGUGGCAGCGCCCGGCAGUGCGACCACCGCGUCGCGGAGAACCGCUGGCCACGGGGGUCCCGCUCCGAGGACAGCCCCGCCCCGGGCUCGGGGAUCCGUCCCCACGCGGUCCCCCGCGCCCCACGCCCGCACCCCGUGGCGCAGCCCCGCCCCGUCCCCCGCACGCCGCCCCCGGCCCCGGGGACCGCCCGUUGCCAGGAGCUGCCCGCAGCCGCGCUCGCGACGCCGCGCUCUGCGGGAGGCUGCGGACCCCCCCGGCCCCGCCUCACCAUGCGCGGCCUCGGCGCGGUGCUGUCCCGCCGCUGGGACUCCAACACCGGACGCGGACAGCGCACCGCCGAAGCCCGGGGACGCAUCCUGGACCCCUCCGGGGAGCGCUACUACCGGUGGCUGAGCGCCAUGGUGCUGCCCGUGCUGUACAAUUGGGUCGUGAUCAUCUGCAGGUGCUGCUUCACGGAGGUGCAGGAGCGGCACGCAGCGCUGUGGCUGAGCCUGGAUUGUGUCAGCGAUGCGCUGUACCUGCUGGACAUCAGCGUGCGUCUGAACACCGGGUUCUUGGAGGAGGGCAUCCUGGUGCUGGAUCGGCAGCGCAUCCGGCGCCGCUACCUGCGCUCCAGCAGCUUCCUAUGGGACGUGGCCUCAGUGCUGCCCAUCGAGCUGCUGUGCCUGCGCCUGCGCUCAGCCCUGCGCUCCAACCGCUGCCUGCGUGCCCCGCGGCUCUUGGAGGCCUUCGAGCGCCGGGAGACGCGCACAGCUCACCCCCACGCCUUCCGCAUCGCCAAGCUGAUGCUCUACGUCCUGGUGGCCAUCCAUUGGAACGCCUGCCUCUACUUCGCCCUGUCCGUGCACCUGGGGCUGGGCUCUGAUACGUGGGUGCACCCCAACGGGAGCCGGCCCGGCUUCGCACGCCCGCUGCGGCAAUACCUGCACAGCUUCUACAUCUCCACCCUCAUCCUCACCACCGUGGGUGACACGCCGGAGCCGUGCCGCGAGGAGGAGUUCCUCUUCAUGAUGGCCGGCUUCCUGCUGGCCGUGCUGGGCUUCGCCACCAUCAUGGGCAGCAUGAGCUCCGUCAUCGCCGACAUGAGCGCGGCCGACGCUUCCUUCUACCCGGAGCACGGCCCGGUGCGGCGCUUCCUGCGGGCUCACGGCGUGGCAGGGCGGCUGGUGAGACGCGUGGCCGCCUGGCACGAGCACCUGCGUGCGCAGCGCAAGCUGGCGGAGGAGCGCGUGGUGCUGCGGCACCUGCCUGAGAGGCUGCGUGCCGAGGUGGCCGCCAGCGUGCAUCUACCAGCACUGAGCAAGGUGAGGCUGUUCCAGAGCUGUGAGCGUGGCGUGUUGGAGGCCUUGGUGCUGCGACUGCGCCCUCAGGUCUUCGGGCCUGGAGAGUUCGUCUGCCGGCGCGGCGACGUGGGCCGUGAGAUGUAUUUCAUCCGGGAGGGGCGGCUGGAGGUGCUGGGAGCUGACGGUGUGACGCAGCUCGCCGUGCUGGGAGAGGGGCUCUACUUCGGAGAGAUCAGCCUCAUCAACAUCCCCGGGAACCGCUCAGGGAACCGGCGCACAGCUGACAUCCGCAGCAUCGGCUACGCAGACCUCUUCUGCCUGGCCAAGGAGGACCUGGCAGAGGUACUGAGUGAAUUCCCCAGUGCCCGAGCGCUGCUGGAGGCCAAGGGCCGUGAGAUCCUGCUGCGUAUGGACAAGCUGGACGUGCACGCCGAGGCGGCGGCGGCGGCAGCUCGGGAGGAGGCUGAGCAGAGAGCGCGGGUGCUGGAGGCGGCGUUGGAGGCUCUGCAGACACGAGCGGCGCGGCUGCUGGCACAGCUGGAGUCCAGUGCCCUCAAACUGGCACUGCGCAUCGGGCGCCUGGAGAGCAGGGCGCAGCAGAGGGGCAGGCAGGGGAAGGGCAGCAAGAGGAGUCCCAGCAGGCUGCAGCGUGCCGCGGGGGGAGGGGAGCCCGAGGAGCGACCCACCAGGGCACAAAAUCCCACUAAGGCACAGGGUCCCAUUAGCGUCCGGAGUCCCAGGGGGGCACAGGGUCCCACCGCAGCACGAGGUCCCAUUGGCGUAGUGGGUCCCAGGGGGGCACACAGACCCACCAGGGCACGGGGUCCCACUGGUGCAGGGGGUCCCAUUGGCACACGAGGUCCCACUGGUGCAGGGGGUCCCACCAGGGGUCGGGGUCCCACAGGGGCACGGGGCACACAGCCCAGAGGCCGCUGGCGCUGAGGGUCAGGGAUUCGCCCGGCUGCUGAGCGUGCAAUAGCAGUGACAGUCGGUGCUUUUUGACAGCCGUUGCUAGGAAACAACGACAACAGUUGCUAGGUAACCACGACAACAACCGCUAGGUGAUGGUGACAAUAGUUGCUAUGUAGCAAUAACAACAGUUGCUAAGCAACAGCAGUGGUUGUUGGUGAAC